AGCAAAGCCAGGUGUCUGUUGCAGUUGUGAAUGUACUGAAGCCUGUUUUCCUCUUCUAAUGUAACAGACAGUUGCAGAGUUGGACUAAAUAGGGACCCCAAAGAGCUAGAAGCGGCCCUGGUGACUGUCAUCCACCCUGUGGAGCAGCAGUCCUCCUCACCUCCAGCUCACACUGCGCUUUACGCACCACGGCAACGCAUCACGUGUUACGUUUCCAUAGUCACGUCACAUCGGCUCCACCAUGUUGUAGGGAAUCCAGCGCGCGCCUCACUCACUGUCAGAUUACACUUUAAUCCGAGGAGGAGGCACACACCGUCAGGAGGCUGUGUGUGUGUGUGCGCGCUGCACUCUGCGGGAAGAGGAACUCUGUUUGUCUCAUCAGCGACACUGUCCGAGCGGCUGUCAUCUCACAGCGACCGGCCUGCACGCAGGAGAUGAACCGCCAGUCUCCCUGCCUGUCUGUCUGCCUGCCUGCCUGCCUGCCUGCCUGUCUGUCUGUCUGUCUGUCUGCCGACACUCAACAUGUUAGCGGGCUAACUAGCUGAAAAGGACUAACUAAAUCGGAUUAGCUGCUAACGGCAGCCUCCCUGUAGCUAAUAUCCAGGCAGUGUUUACUGCGCGGGACAGGUUUGCCUGUGUUUUUCUGUUUAUUAGUAUUAUUAUGAAGUCUGUCUGUGUCAACAUCACUGCUCUGAGCUAACGGGAGAAUACAUGCUGCUGCGAGAUAGCUAGGUUAUUAACCAGUCAAGAGCUAGUUCAUCUUUCCGUUUGAAGAGUAAACAUCCAUCAAAUCCAUCAAAUCCAUCAAAUCCAUCAAAUCCGUGCCUCCGACCACCGACAGUCAACACGAAGCUGACCACACGCCGAUGAGCUAACUUGUCUUCGGGCUAGCUGGCAGGAGAACGUCACGGUACCGGACCUGAUCCCAGAACAUUCGCCUGAGACCAAGCAGAGAUGUCCGGGAAGGAGAAAGACAAAGACAGACAGGAGAAACAGUCCACGACAGAGCGGCUCGUGAAAGGUUCUGUGUGACCACACUGUACACUAACAGUCGUGUGGAGCCACCUGUACUUCCUGAAGAUGUUAGUUUCUAGACAUUGAACUUAUCGUUGCUGCAUGUCAAACCUGAUCCUGUGUCUGGAAUCAAAUCAGAGAUAUAUAAGACAUGGAGAGGAUAAACCCGAGGCCUGGCUGUUUAGUUUGUGAAGCUGUGCCAUACCCUCCACAACAUAAGCUGACUAUAAAAGAGCUAUUUGAGGAUGGCAAGCCCAAUGCUGAGCUGCUCCGCAACCACCUUGUCAAAGAGGGCAGGGUGGAAGAGGAUGUGGCUCUAAAGAUCAUCAAUGAUGGAGCCAACAUCCUCCGCCAAGAGAAGUGCAUGCUGGAAGUGGAGGCGCCUAUAACAGUAUGUGGUGAUGUCCAUGGCCAAUUCUUUGACCUUAUGAAGCUGUUUGAAGUGGGGGGAUCACCCAGUAACACACGCUAUCUCUUCCUCGGUGACUAUGUCGAUCGAGGGUACUUCAGUAUUGAGUGUGUUCUCUACCUCUGGUCACUCAAGAUCAACCACCCCACCACACUCUUCCUCCUGCGUGGGAACCACGAGUGCCGGCACCUCACAGAGUACUUCACCUUCAAACAGGAAUGUAAAAUUAAAUACUCUGAACGUGUGUACGAUGCCUGUAUGGAGGCCUUUGACUGCCUGCCCCUUGCUGCCCUGCUCAACCAACAGUUCCUGUGUGUACAUGGCGGACUCUCACCAGAAAUCAACUGCCUAGACGACAUAAGGAAAUUAGACAGGUUUAAAGAACCUCCAGCAUUUGGGCCAAUGUGUGACCUGAUUUGGGCUGACCCUGGUGAGGACUAUGGCAGUGAAAAGACAUCUGAACACUUCAACCAUAAUUCUGUCAGAGGCUGCUCUUACUUUUUCAGUUACUCAGCAGUGUGUGACUUUUUGGUAAAUAAUAACUUGCUGUCAGUAAUAAGAGCCCAUGAGGCACAGGAUGCAGGGUAUCGGAUGUACAGAAAAAGCCAGACCACAGGCUUCCCUUCAUUAAUCACAAUCUUUUCAGCUCCAAAUUACCUAGAUGUCUACAACAACAAAGCUGCUGUAUUAAAAUACGAGAACAACGUGAUGAACAUCCGGCAGUUCAACUGCUCACCCCACCCUUACUGGUUGCCCAACUUCAUGGAUGUCUUUACAUGGUCUUUGCCUUUUGUUGGAGAGAAAGUGACAGAGAUGCUGGUGAAUGUACUGAACAUUUGCUCUGAUGAUGAGCUCAUGUCCGAGGGAGACGACCUAUAUGAAGGUGGAACCUCCGCAAUGCGUAAGGAAGUCAUCCGGAACAAGAUUCGCGCUGUGGGGAAAAUGGCCAGAGUCUUCUCAGUCCUCAGGGAGGAAAGUGAGAAUGUGUUAACACUUAAAGGCCUGACCCCGACUGGAACUCUUCCUCUUGGAGUGCUGUCAGGGGGAAAGCAGACCUUACAGACCGCUACGGUUGAGGCAGCUAAAGCAAAAGCCAUUCAAGGCUUCUCUCCCACGAGGAAGAUCCGUAACUUUGAGGAGGCACGUGGCCUGGACAGGAUAAAUGAGAGGAUGCCUCCUCGCAAAGAUAGCCAGCAGCCGGACGGGACCAUAAUCAACACCAACACCCCCAACAAGAACGGCACUACUGGAUAGACACACACACAUCAUAGCCCCCCCCCCCCCCCCCCCCCCUCCCCCCCCCCCCCCCCCCCUCCAUCUUCUGCUCAUCCUCAGUCACAGGGUGGGGGAAAGAAACGGACACAUUUAAAAGAAGGCCACAUCACAGAGAAAACACUUCCAGCUGCUGAAAAAAUUUUAUCUUAUAAAAGUAAUAUUAGAUUUAUGAUGUAAUAGCAGCAAAUCAUUGAGUGAAGACAUUUUGCAGUUAUCAUUAUACUGUACACUAAAGUUCUAACUUAAACAUGUCAAAGCUCUAAAAAGCAAAUUUUCUAAGUUGGAGUUGAUGCAGGUAGAUGAAGCCUUCUUAUCAGGAGUUUUAGUCACUUUCAGUUGUUUCUUGUGUUUGCUGAGGGAACAUUUGAAGUCCAGAUACUCAACAGUCUCAUUUGGAUGUUGAGAGCUUCUUGUCAAGACGUUUUAGGCACUUGAGGUUCUACAUACAGUGCAGUGUUUGCUUAUAUGUGUGUCACAUGAAAGAUAAAUUAUGUACGUGUUGAGAGGUGAAAAAAAGAAUCAGAGGCAAUUAUAUUACAAAUGAAUAUUUUCUACUUAAAGCAGAAGACUUCUAGUCUUAUACAUUUUCCACAAAACUUUGAUGAAUGGAUUUUUGUUCAGUAUUUUGUUCACUUCCAGAGUAACACCAAUUUCUUCCUGUAUUAUGAUGAUGAUUAUUAUUACUACUAUUAUUAAUAUUAUCUGUGAAGGACUCAUGCUUUGAUAGUUGCUGUUACUGGCUGUUCUGUGCUGGUUAUGACUUGUGUUCACUUGAUGGCAACGAGGAGGUUCUCACUCCACCAAACCAAAACCAGGGUAAACAGUGCAGCGUAUCUUCUCCUGUCACCACGAGCAGACCUGUCAAUACUCCUCCACAUCGUGCUCAGAAGCUUCUUCUUGUUGAGCGCCAACAUCUCUGAGGUGGAGCACUGCACAGGAAGAUUACAGCACCAAAGGAUUUCUCUUUAAUUGGCAUUUUGGACAAAAGGAGGACACUCAGAAAGCAGAGGAACCGUUCGCUGGCCAUGUUGUCCUCAAAACAGACUGCUGUUCAUUAUUGCUUAGGAAACGUCAGUGUAUUUAACAGAAUUAUGGCAGUUUGAUUUGAUGUUUUCUUGUCAGACACUAAAGAAUCGAGGGUGUUUUUUGGGGCUUUCUUUUGUUUUUAAAGUUGUGUGUCUCCAUCUGCUGUUGACGAUACAGAAUGCAGAUGUUAAUUUUGGAUUGUGAUAACCGUGCGUAUCAAAUGAGGGAAACAUUUGGCAUUCAGUGAAAUAACAGCACAUUGACGAUGCUGUACGCAGACACAAUGAACUGAUUCAUUCCCCUGCACAGGGAUGAUGCUAUAAAAAGAUAACCGCUCUCUAUCAAAGCCUAAUAGUACUGUAAUCAUCUCAACAUGGCUGACUCACACAUACAAUAUACUCUUUUUACACAUAGUGGUCAUGAGAUCGAUUGCUCCACUCCCCUCACAGGCACGCUCAGCCCUUUAAGACCUGCUUUUACUUGGACAUACAACUCAACUGGUGCUUCGACACACCUGACUGUAAUUCUGAUGUCUCUGUCACUCGAGAAAGAAAGAAGGAAAUAAGCUUUAAGAUUUGCUAUUUGAACCCUGCCACUUUUUUUUUUCUUCUACUAAAUGAGGCGUUUGUGCUCAUGUGCCAUGCCACCUUGGCCACACAUGUUAAGAUCUGUAUGUGUGCGUGUGUGUGUGGAUGGUGAACGGAGUCAAGCCAGGCGACUUUGAGUCACACGAUUUAAGAUUUAAUGUCAAACGUCAUAUUAAUCUUCAAAUACUCAAAUUUCCAGAAUGUUGUUGUUCUGUCCAAAAGACUUCCUUCCUAAAGUAUUUGGGUUUACAUUAAAGGUAAGGCUUUAUUGGGUGAGCCAUACAGUACACUGACCUCCUGUUAGGUCCUAUACAUAUCUUGCAGAAUGUAAAAAAUAUUGUUUAUCAACAAUCUUCUAAUAGCUGUAAAAAGGAGUGAAAAAAUACCGUAUUUGUCAUGCAAGGCCAUGAAAUCUUUUACGUAGAUGUAUCACUUGAAAGAAAAGAAUAUUCAAAUACAGUGUUUUCUUUGACUCGUCUUGGAUUUUGCUUCUUGUUGCUGCAUCACAUAACUUUGAACUUUAGUACCUCAAAAUAAAGGUCUGAAUUUAUAAGGUGAGAAAAGUGUGCCGUUGUGUUGUUGUGCUGCCACCUAGAGGACAAAACAAACGGACAUCUUCACAUUCUGCACCCAAUGCUUUGAUACAAAAUAGGUUUAUUUACAGUUAUUAAUUUAGAACAAGCAUUUCAAUGCUCAAGGGCAAACUGUUAAAGCAGAGAAGAUAAAUAUUCAGUCAAACGCCUUCUAACAUCUAACACAGCACAGUUCAGAAAUAUACUGACCAAUGUUCCCUAAACAUACAUACAACCAGUACUCGAGUUGAGGGGG